GAAGGCCCAGGAGGACUUCAAGGAAGUGAAGGCUUAAAGGGUAAGAGAGGUGAGGAGGGACCAAGGGGGAAACAAGGCCAUCCAGGUGAGAUGGGCAUGCCUGGACCACAGGGAUACAGAGGAUAUUCUGGUAUCCAGGGUAACAUUGGACCAUGGGGUGAGGUCGGGCCCCGUGGCCUUCCAGGUGACCAGGGGCCACAAGGUCCUGUUGGCCCGCUUGGAGUUACAGGUUACCCAGGUAAAGAUGGACCUCAGGGAAGUUCUGGAUCCGCUGGUGUCAAAGGAGAUAAGGGAUCCAGAGGAGCUUUGGGGCAGGAGGGAGUUGCUGGUCUCGAUGGUGAGGAGGGUCCAGUUGGACUGAAGGGACCUGAGGGACCAGCUGGACAAAAAGGCAUAUCUGGUGACAAGGGAAACACUGGGCCUCCUGGACAGAAAGGGCCAUCUGCAUCCUUGUCUGUUUCUGCCCUGAAAAUGCAUCAGAAUCAUUCCCCGAAUCUAAAAGGGUACAGGGGUUCACCAGGGGAUCGAGGAAAACAUGGAGUGCCAGGGCUCAAGGGUGAGCCAGGUACUAGAGGUUCAUCAGGCAUGUCUGGACAGUUCGGACCAGGGGGCAACACUGGGGCAGCCGGGGCCAAAGGCCAGAAGGGGCUCCGGGGACACACUGGCCCCCCUGGCAGUAUAGGUCCCGCUGGACAAAUUGGACCAUCAACACCAGGUUUGCCAGGCAAGAGAGGUGUUGAGGGAAAAACUGGAAUCCCUGGACCAAAGGGCAGUCACGGUGAGGCAGGCAAGCUCGGUCUUCAAGGGAUCAAAGGAGACAUGGGCAUGAGAGGUCAAACAGGGGCGAAAGGAGAGCCAGGGACAAGAGGCACAAUGGGGACUGUGGGGAAGAUGGGGUUCAUUGGCACUUCAGGUGCUAAAGGUCGACCUGGACCUGCUGGUCCUCCCGGUCUUCUAGGAACUAAAGGAAUCCAGGGGCCAAAAGGAAAAGGAGCCCAGCCCGGAAGGAAAGGAAAAAAAGGAACUCCUGGAAAAAAUGGAGCUGAAGGCCCGCUGGGUAGACCAGGACCUAUUGGACGACCUGGAAAACCCGGCCUAAGCGGUGUGGAUGGGUUACUAGGGGUUGAGGGUAAUGAAGGAGAUCCGGGUGAUAUUGGUUUCAGAGGAGCUCCUGGAACACCUGGCAGGCCUGGCAAAAUGGGAAACCCUGGAUCCCCUGGGAUCAGUGGGAAUACUGGAGCACCAGGGUUCAAGGGUAAAGCUGGACCAAAAGGAAAAGGACCACCUGGACCAAUGGGGCCAAAGGGUAUUCCAGGACUGAGAGGAGAGAAGGGCAAGUCUGCAAUUAAUGGUCCAAAGGGUCUCCUUGGUGACAUGGGAACACCAGGACCAAUCGGACCACCUGGGCUAAAGGGGAAUCCUGGCUUGCAGGGCCUGAAAGGCCAAAGAGGUCAUAAGGGAAAGCAGGGGGAUACUGGUCCUCCUGGUCCAAGGGGGCAAAAAGGCUUUCUUGGACUCAGCGGUCAGCUUGGAAAGAAGGGAAUGAAAGGUGUCCAAGGCAGGGGAGGACCAAAGGGAGUGAAGGGCAAGCAUGGACCUCCAGGAAAACCAGGUGCACCAGGCAAGCGCAGGCAUACACAAAGGCAGGGAUCAACCCUGAGCCAAAAACAGGUCAAGGAAAUGAUCUAAGGACAAAAACAAGACCCAGUACAAGAUCAAAACUGAAAAAUGUGCCAAGAUCAAGACAAACCCCCAGCCUCCUGAAGCUAAGGGAAGGACAAGAAAAAUGGCCCAGGCCAGUGUCCAGGAGAUGGUCUGAAGUAGAUGAGGCUGAGGAAUCCUUCAGCUGGCCGCAGGGAACUAAAGAUGAUCCUGCCACCACCUGCUAUGAGCUGGGACUCGUACACCCACAUCUGAAUGAUGAUUACUUUUACAUGGACCCCAACCAAGGCUGUCCCUAUGAUGCUGUGAAGGUAUUCUGUAACUUCACAGCAGGAGGAACAACCUGCAUUGACCCUGUGCAGUCUCAGAUUAAAUUACAUUGGGAACCAGUAAAGAAGAAAUCAAAAA